UGGAUUCGGCUUUGUUCAUGCUUCUUAAGACAUAAAGGCUAAGUUUCAUAUUUUUGGUUAAUUGCAAUAUUCUUUGGAAAAGAUUUUAGCUCAAUUUCGAUUGUUCUUUUUAAAAUACAUUGUUGUAGCACUCCCUCCUUUUGGAUGGAUGUGUACGUGAGACAAUAAGAUGAGAUUUUCUCAAAAGCAUGCUAUGCUUUUUAAAAACAAAUCCGUUCCAAACAGAGCCGUACUGUAUGUAUGCUACUUCUUGAUAGGUUAGUGGAUAUUUGGCUAUAGAGGAAGGAUGGCUUCAGCUGAAAUAGAGAAUUCCUGCAAGCCUGAAUUUUCUUGGGGUAAAAAGAGAGGCGUUGGUGGAAAGAAGAAAGAGGUUCAGUUUUAUGAAUCGUUUACUUAUGAUGGCGUGGAGUAUGUUUUAUAUGAUUGUGUAUACAUGCAAAAUAAGGAUAGGCAAGCUGAGCCUUACAUUGGUAAGCUCGUUAAAAUCUGGAAAAAUUCUGACAACUCUAAGAAGAUAAAAGUUCAAUGGUUCUUUCGACCAUCGGAGAUUUCAUACUGGCUUGAAAAACUUAGUGUGGUGGCAUCAGAGAAUGAAUUGUUUUUGGCUUCCGGUGAUGGUAAAGGUCUUGCAAAUGUUAAUCCUCUGGAAGCUAUUGUUGGAAAAUGCUUUGUGGUUUGUGUCUCAAGGGAUGACAGGAAUCCAGAACCUUCAGAAGAACAACUUCGUAAUGCUGAUUAUGUAUUUUACCGAUCCUUUGAUGUUGGACAGUGUAGCAUCCUAGAUAAGAUGAAUGAUAAAGUUGGUGGGCUAGAAGUUAGAUUCGUAUUUAACAGACAAGAGAAUGGGAUUGACACUGGUCCCAUACUUGGUUCCAAGCUUAAAGAGAAGGAUAGUAGGAUUUCUGAGGCAUAUGAAGAAACUUUGCAGCAUUUAGGGCAACAGCCGCAUGAGGUGUUGGAAAGCAUAAAAGAAGAUGGAAAUCAUAGUCAUCUGGUUGCAAAAGAAGAUGCAGAAGCUGGGUAUUUACUGUCUAAGGUUGAAACUUUCAAUGGACAUGCAGAAAGUUUUUUGGACCAUUUGAAACCAAGGGUUGGAAAAAGAUCUGCCCCCCUUGUUGAUCAGUUAAAUGGUGAAGUUACCUCCAGCAUUAGUCAGAAGAAUAAUUCAGCUGAUGCUAAUGCUGCAACAAAACAAGUUUCGGAUAGUGUACUACCUGCCAGUAAGGGAGUGGCGGGAGAGAGAUUAGAAUGUGAUCCUCCUAAUUUAGAUGAUAAGUCCUCUAAAAGAGAAAAGCUGGAUGAUCCUGUUAAACUAACAAAAAGCAAGGAGAAGAUUAACAUUGAGCAGUUAACUCCAAAACAGGUUGACUUAAAGAAAUCUAGUCUUGUUUCUGUGGAAGAAAAAACAAAACUUGGUCCAAGAAAGGAUACUGUUGGGUUGGACAAGCGUGGGAAGUUGAUAAAAGAUUCUAAUGUUUUGGAUGAGAGACCUUCAAAGAAACUAAAGGUUCAGGAAUCUGUCAAGUUAUCUGAAGAUAAGGACAAGAAUUAUUUGGAGAAGGAUAAUAGUACAACCAGUGGAAGUAAAGCAAAAGGUUCUCUUGCAGCUGGAAGUUCGGCUGAAGGAACCGGAAAAGCUAUACUUGCUCAAAGUUUAUCUAGGCCGGUCAAGGACACAAAAUUCAGUGAAGAUUCUGGGGCUUUGGGUGACAGACCUUCAAAGAAACUUAAGGUUCAGGAAUCUGUCAAGUUAUUUGAAGAUAAGGACAAGAACAGUUUGGACAGGGCCACAACCAGUGGAAGUAAUGCAAAAGGUCCUCUUUUUGCUGGAAGUUCAACUGAAGCUAUUGGAAGAGCUAAGCUUGCGCAAAAUUCUAAUGGUCCAGAAAAGGACACCAAAUUUAAUGAAGAACCUAAAGCUUUGGAGUACCAACCCUUAAAGAAAGUAAAGGAUAAAGAAUCGAAAUCCGUCAAGUUGUCUGAGGAUAAGAGCAAGAAUAAUUUGGAGAAGGUGAAUAUUACAACUAGUGGAAGUAAUGAAAAAGGUUUUGGAGCUGGAGGUGUGAUUGAAGAUAAAAGAAAAGCUACAGUUGCUCAAAAUUCUGCCUUGAUGGAUGAUGGCCCUUCAAAGGAGAAGCCUAAUGGUAAAGUAAAUGAGCUUAACAAAACUAUAGCUGGGCCUGACAAGAUCCAUACCAAGGAGGAACCUGGAGAAAAGAUGGAAAAACUUAGUAAAAGCUCUAGUAAGUUAGACAAGGGCCCUCCUACAGAGAUGUGCGAGCUAAAGUUAAGUGAGAACAGUAAUGAUUCCGUUGGACUGGAAAAUGGCCCCUCUAUGGUGAAGCCUAAUGCAAAGACUAAUCUACUAAUGAAAAAUCGUUCGGGGAAAGGUCCUUUGGAGGAGAAGCUUGAUGAGAAGAUAAGACCAAACAAAGGCUCAACUAAAAGCUCAAACGCAUUUGUUGAUGAUAAAAUUUAUGGGAAAAUCUUUGACGUCACUCAGAGACCUGAAAAGGGCAAAUGGUUCAAGUCACCUGGUAUCUUUCUGGAAAGGAUGGUUGUAGCACAUGAUGAAGGAAAGUUGGUUCUGCUCCAGAAUUUGGACCCGAGUUUUACGUCGGCAGAGGUAGAGGAUAUUGUUUGGAGCGUAUUUAAGGAAACUUGCACAGCUAAAGUUGUACAGGGAACUGCAAUAUCUAGCCCAUUUUGCGGUCGAGCUCUUGUUAUAUUUAAUUCAGCAGAAGUUGCAGAGAGGGCCGUUAAAGAAUUGAUAGAUGGAUGCUUAAUUAUAUCAAACCAAAGGCCAGUUGUUGGGUGCAUUGCAAAUCUUCCUCAUUUGCGGGGAAAGCUAAGCACUUUUCAUGGCCAUGUAUCUGUUGAUGAGGUUGACAAGAAUAAAACUCAAACUCGGAAAGAUAAGAGAGACGCAAAAUCCUCUUGUCAUAGCUCUCAACCAAAUUCAGUUGCAUAUGAUUUAGGCACAGAAUGGUGCUUACUACAAAAGCGAUCAAACUUUUCGUGGCAAAAGUUACAUAAGGCACAUCAAUUACAGUAUGAGGAGCUUAUGGCUAAGUUUAAACGAAAUUUAGUGAGGGAUGCCUAGUAGGCAAUAACUUCAAUGUAUAGAGUGCUCCUCAUAUAAUGUAUUGUGGAAUAGAAAUUGUCCCUUAUGUCUCUAACUUGUAGAAUUCUCUAGUCUCGUGGUUAUGCAUAAUUCUCUGCCAAUUGUUGAGAGACUUUAGCAUUGAAGUAGUGCGGUGGAAGUGUGGUUGAGGGUGUGUCUGAAUGGGCCUUGGUAAGGACUUGAGCUUGCUCCUCAAGCUAGUUUUUGCUUGGCAUAUUUGCUUUGGCCUGCAAACUUCUGUUUGCUUCCUUUUUCGUGCAUAGGGUUCUUAUAUUCAUAUUGGGAUUUUAGUGUCUGUCAUUGAUAUCCUUUUGAAAUAUGUCAUUUUCUUCUCAAAAACCUAUGUUUUACAUGAGAUCAAAGGGAGUGAAUGGGAAAACUUGUGCUCAAAUGACUUCUAAUGUUUA